AUGCGUGAUACGGCGUCGGCACGGGAAGGCAGCAGAUUACGAGAGAGCGCGCCGCCCGACGCGCGGUGCCGCUCUAACGCGUUUCAAGUCGGACGUAACCUGAUAUACACGUGUAACGCAACGCACAAAAGAAUAAUGCCUAAACGCAAGUGUUCCUUUAAUAUUAGUUUGCAACAGAAGUAUCCAUUUAUAAAACAAAGAAAAGAUGAUACUGCAGAUGUAACGUGUGAAAAGUGUCGUACUGAUUUUAGUGUUGGACAUGGUGGUGCUAGUGAUAUAGAAAAACAUUUAAAGUCAGAAAAACACAGGCUUGCCGAUCAAGCCACUGCUUCAAGCUCGUCAAUGCUUAGUUUUUUUAAAAGAACCGAUUUGCCGACUUCCAAGGAUUUGGAUAUAGCUGCAGCUGAGGGUACGUGGGCGUUUCACACCGUGCAACAUAAUCACAGUUUUCGCUCAAAUGACUGUUCUUCUCCUUUAAUUCAAGCAUGUUUUGAGCAAAAAUUUAGAUGUGCACGUACAAAGUCUCAAGCUAUUGUUGUAAAUGUGCUGUCAACUAUGGCAACCGAAGAUUUAAAAGAGCAUUUACGCAAAGCCCACUGUAUAACUUUACUAACAGAUGCUUCAAACCAUGGCUCAGUCAAAUUAUUUCCAGUGUUGAUGCCGUUUUUUUUACCAUGCGAAGGCGUGAAAGUCAAGGUUUUAGAGUUUCGGGAACAGCCAGGUGAAACAUCGGAUAUUAUUGUUAAUUAUUUGAAGGAAGUAUUGUCUUUCAAUGACUUGAAUAAAAAAAUUGUUGCGUUUUGUGGAGACAACACGAACUGCAACUUCGGGGGAAAGAAUAGGAAAGGCAGCAAUAAUGUUUACUCAAAAUUGAACGAAUCACUCGGCAGACAGCUUAUUGGAAUUGGAUGUGGAGCCCACAUAGUCCACAACGCGAUCAAAACUGCCGCUGAUUGUCUUCCUCUUGACUUCGAAUGCAUCAUAGUGAAAAUUUACUCAUUUUUCUACAUCUACAGCGUUCGUGUAGAAGCUUUGAAAGAGUUUUGUGAUUCCACCGAGACAGAGUAUCAGAAACUGCUGGGCUACAGUAAGACAAGAUGGCUUGCGUUAAUGCCCGCGCUUGAGAGAGUUAUAAAAAUGUUUCAGCCUUUAAAAAACUAUUUUCUGAGUAUCGACAAAUGCCCAAAUAUUUUAAAAACGUUUUUCGAAAAUCCCAGCUCAGAAUUAUAUUUACAUUUCUUGCACGCACAAGCAGCGACCUUUCAUGAAGCUGUGUUGAAAAUCGAAGGGCAAAAUGUUUCGGCCAUAGAGUCAGCCAAAGAAAUUAAUCGUCUCCGAGAUAACCUGGCAUUAAAAGAGAAUACGGUUUUCCUUCCCCACAUCGUCCGUAACUUACUUGUAAAAUUACAAGAAAGAGAAGCUGCUGUUGACCAGCAGAAUGUAAAAACAGCGGUGGCUGAGUUUUAUAAAACAAGCAAAGAAUACUUGGAGCAGUGGUGUCAAUUCAACACAGAACUAGAAAUGUUUGAAUGGGCAAAUUUAACAAAAGUACCUACGUGGGAAGAGGAGCAAUACACGAUUUCGAUACCAUUCAACUUAACCGCUGAUCACAUAAAUGUGAUAUAG